CAUUAUGAAUCCUGGGAAAAUUAUUCCGCGACAAUUCUGCUGCUAAGGCGUCUGUGGUUAUAGAAUGCAAGAAGGCGCACCUUCGAGAGCGUAAGUCCAACAAUGCAUUUUCAUGGUCGCUACGCCUCUGCGGUGCUUCACUCUAGGACAAGCUUGGAAGAUCUGGAGAUGGAGUUACUUCACUCCCGAGCUCGCAUCAACCACCAGAAGAAGAGACUGCGGCAUUGCCAUCGCUGCUCUAAAGGCAUGCGGCAGCUCCAUGGAUCUCACACUUGGGCAGUUCGUCCACGCAGAUACCGUCCAGUUUGGUUUGAGCUGCGACAUUUACGUGGCCACAACUCUCGUCGACAUGUACGCGAAGUGUGGAAGUAUGAUCCAGGCACAGCGAGUUUUUGACGCAAUGCAGUCACGUAACGCAGUCGCUUGGACAGCUUUGAUCCUCGGGUAUGCCGAAAAUGGCCAGGGAGAAGUUGGCUUGGAGAUCUUGUCGAAGAUGAGAGACUGCCGCUGCCAGGCCGACUCAACGACGUUUCUCGCGGCUCUCAAGGCAUGCGGCGACAUAGCUGCCAGGGAACAGGGCCGGAAGAUCAAUGGCAGGCUUGUGCGAGAGGAAAGCUUGACGAAAGCUUGCGAAAUCCACGCGCGAGCUGCCGAGGCUGGCUGUGACUCCCACCCCUUCGUUGCCAAUAGCUUGAUAAGUUUAUACUCGAGGUGCGGAGGAGUGGAGCAAGCUCUCUCGGUUUUUGAGAAGCUCGAGAAGAAGACGGUGGUCUCGUGGACUGCUCUCAUGCUGGGUUGCGUCGAGAACGGCGAAGCCGAGCUCGCGCUGGAUCUCUUCUCGAGGAUGGACUCGGUCUCGGAUGCUCAGGCCUACGUCGCGGCUCUCACAGCCUGCGCGAGCGUGUGCGAGAAGUCGAGGCUGGAUGGAAGCUCUAAACUCCAGGCACUGGAACGAGGCAUGGCGAUACAUUCCUCUGCCGCUCGCAGUGGCCUCGACUCCACCACCAACGUCUUCGUCUCCAACACUCUGGUGGACAUGUACUCCAAGUGUGGAAGCUUGCUGGACGGCCGCGCGGUGUUCGACCGCAUGAGCUCCCGGGACGUGGUGUCGUGGAACGCGCUGCUGCUGGGAUACGCCGAGAACGGCGAGCCGGGCUUGGCUCUGGAGCUCUUCGAGGCCAUGAAGCAGCAUCACCAUCCUACUGCUCGGACGUUCCUCGCGGCUUUCAUCGCCUGUGGCAACUUAGCGGCACUGCAACUCGGGAGGAGCAUCCACAACGAGCUACGCAGGAACCAUCGCCAGCUCCUCGACAGCGAUCCUUUCCUGGGGAACUGCAUCAUCGACUUCUACGGGAAGUGCGGCAGCAUGGCCGAGGCCAGGGAGGUGUUCGAGGCGAUGGUGAAGAACAGACGCUGGAGGAAGGACGUGGUGACUUGGGGGGCUCUCAUGGCCGGUUACAGCCACCAGGGGGACACUUCCAGCGUGCUCGAGCUUUUCGAGAAGAUGGUGGCGGAGGAGAGGAUCCAGCCGGACGCCGUGACGUUCCUCUCGAUCCUCACGGCUUGCAGCCAUGCCGGGCUGGUCGACCAAGGCAGGCACUACUUUGCGGAGAUGAGCUCGCGGUAUGGAGUGACGCCCGUCCAGGAGCACUACCACUGCCUGGUGGAUCUUCUCGGGCGAUCAAACCGGCUGGACGAAGCGCUGGCGGUGGUGAGAGCUAUGCCGUUUCCAGCCAGCGCCAUCACCUGGAGCACGCUGCUGGGAGCUUGCAAGAAGUGGAAGAACGCCGAGGUGGGAAAGUUUGCGUUUGAUUCGUGGCAAAGGCUGGACGAGAAGAACGCCACUGCGUAUUUGCUCAUGGCAAGCACCACCUCUUAGAACAAUUGUUUGCUAAUUAAUUCUCGACCGUCAGAUCUCCCACGACUCAAUCAACACCGUUCUCCACCGUGAUUAAAAUUCUGGUACGUUUGCAAAUUCUCGACCGUUAGAUCUCGCGCUCUUCAGUUGCAAAGGAUAUUCUUUCUCGUGGCAAAGAAUAUUCUGUUUAGACACGUGACAAGAAAGGUCGGUGUGCCGUUAGUAUAUAAAUCGUGGCUAUGGCGCCACAGCUAUGGCGCGCGCGCGAGGUAAUGUGGAGGAUAUUGAUGUGGAAUUGACUUGGCAUAGCUAAGGUAUGUCGGGAUCUCGCCUGGUUCCCUUGGAAUCUGCCACAUCUCAUCGCAAUUGCUUCUCAAAUUCCCCCUUCUCGCUUCUUCUUCCUUGAAUUUCCUUUCUCGCGGUGGAAAUUUUCUUCCCCGCUUUUGAUCUGAGAAAGGAUGUAUGGCUAUGGCUGUACGAGGAUAGGGGAGGCCCUGCCCUUACGGGUGCGCUCACGGGGCGGGCCUCCAAAUCGAGUGGAAUAAAAUCGGCUCUUUGUGUCGUGGGAGGGCCGCCAGAGUGAGAAUUGGUGCUUGGCGGCCCUCCCCCUUGGUGUCGUGUGUCGCCCACUCUCUCUUUUCCCCAGUGGUUCCAUGGCUCUGGCCGGAUCAAGCAAGGAGUUGGGCGAUCUGGAACUUGGGCGAGUUCUAGAAUUGAUCUAACGAACUUGGGCGAGUUCUAGAGUGGAUCUAGAAUCGUUUUGAAGCAGCGAGGACAUCUUUCGCGUGGAAUGGAGAAGGGGAGCGUUAGAUCCACUGGUAAAAACUAUUUCUUUGGAAUUGUUUUCUCAAGAGCAAAAGAAAUUGGAGCUUUCUUUGAAUGAGUUU